AUGGCUAAAGUUUGGCGAGGAAUGCCAGGACCAUGGGCCAACGAAGAUCGCGAACCAUCCGAUCCUUUUACAACCAAAAUCGGAGGCCUCCCGGACUGGCCCAUUCCCAUAGACGCCAUCAAUUCCGAUUUGCUUCGAUGUUCUACAUGCGCCAAUAAUCUCUCCCUUGUUGCACAAGUUUACGCUCCUCUAUCUCAUCGUCAUCAUCGCAUUCUUUUCAUAUUCGGUUGCGUUUCGCCCGAAUGUGCAACCUCUUGGCGAGUUCUUCGACUUCAGAAAAUUAUUGACAUUGACACAUCUCAACAUGAACAACAAACCGAAGUUCUAAAUCUUCAAAAUCUCAAUUCGGAAGACGAAAGUGAAGAAGAUAUGAGUUUUGAAGAACUGGCUAAUGCACUCAUUCAAGCUGGAAAUUUGGCUUCUUCUAGUUCUAAAUCUAAGAGCAAGAAUCAACAGAAGAAGCGCCAACAACACAAUUUCUCUACAACAGCUUCACUUGAUAAUCAUAAUAAUAACGAUAUUCCAGUGGUGCCUUGCUUUUAUACAUACACACAGGAAGAACCAUCUACUGGGGAUGUUAGUUCUGUAUGCUCUAGCUAUUCAUCACUUUCUAUUAAAGGGAAUGGAAAUUCUGCUGAGGAUAAUUUGCAAGGUGAAGAAACCUGGGAAAAGGAACCGUAUGAAUAUGAUAAAGCUUUGACUGCUGAUAGAAUUUACCUCAAGUUCAAGAAACGGUUGGAUGCGUAUCCUGAGCAGUGUUUCAGAUACUCGUAUGGCGCCAACCCAAUUUUGGCCUUACUUUAUCUUCUAAUUGAGUUGAACCAUUGA